AUGGGAAUCUUUCACCAGGAUGCCGUCAUCGAGGAGUUCGAAGCGCUGACCAACAACGUGGGGAAGGUCCAGAGGGAGACCCUCAAGAUGAUCCUCGAAGAGAAUAGCGAAGCGGAAUACCUGCAGAGCCUGGGGCUGGGAGGGCGAACCGAUCCCGAGAGCUUCAAGGCCUGCGUUCCCCUCGUCUCCCACCCUGAUCUGGAAAGCUAUAUUCGCAGAAUUGCAGCUGGGGAGUCUUCUCCCAUUCUCACUGGGAAGCCCAUAACAUCCAUUACCUAUACGUAAGACCUUCCCGCUGACAUGUCCACGGGUGCUGGGCCUAGUUCAUUUCCCCAGCUGGGAUUUAUUAUCUGCUGCUUCUGACAUUACUUGUGCUGUCCGACGCUUCCAGCUCUGGAACCACCCAAGGGAGGCCCAAGUACGUCCCUUUCAAUGACUUUCUGAUUCAGAAUACGAUGCAGGCAUUCCGAACGUCGUUUGCUUUCAGAAACAAGUAAGCGGCUCAUCUCUCUCCUUUAAGAGUUUAGGUAUUCUUCUAGUUUCGAUGAUCUAUUUUUCUCUCCUCCUUUUUUAUUCGUCUGCCUCGAGUUUGAACUGGGUGAUUUCUGGACGAGGUCUGCAGUCUGAUUACCCCGUUCGGUGGCUUGUGUUUUCUAAUCGACUGGAGCUGCACCGGGAGAGGCUUAGCCGUUGGGUUCUCGAGUUUUUUUCUCUUUUUUUGAAGUCGAUUUUCCCUGAACUUGAGAUCUACCUUUCGUGAGCGAUUUUCCAAGAAAUCCCAUUUCCAUUUUUGGGGUUCACUUUGUCGGUAUCCCUCGUCGGACUCAGUGAAGAGAGUGCGGGGUAUAAUCUAGUUUCUUUCCCAAAAAUAUUCAUCGCGUCCCCCCAGAUAUUCAUUUAAUCGACUGUGAUCCCAUGGCGGUUCUGCUCUCUCUUGGAUCCGCCGGCUGGUUGUAAAAACUUGAGCAGUACCACCGUCAAGUGCAUUGUUAAAUAAUCAGUAGUCCAACGGCGCUGAUUCUGUGAAGGCGUACGAUGUUCCUCGAGAGUUCUCUUGAAUGGAUGCCCGACCCGUUUUCGUUCUGUUUUCUAGGGUGUUCCCCCUUGGAGAUGGAAGAGCCCUGCAGUUCAUCUACGGCAGCCAGGAAGUUCGGACGAGCGGGGGCAUCGUGGCCUUCAACGGCACCACAAACAUCUUCCGCAGUGAGCAAUUCAAGCGCACCAUGAGAGACACCCAGUCUCAGACCUGCAGCCCCUAUGAAGUCAUCUUCGGCCGUAGCUUCGAGCAGUCCCUCUACUGCCAUCUCUUAUGCGGGCUUCUCUCAUACCAGGAGGUCCAGUUCGUCUCUUCCUCCUUCGCCCACUGCAUCGUCCAGGCAUUCAGAACGUUCGAGCUUAUCUGGGAAGAGCUCUGCGCGAACAUCAGGGAUGGGGUCCUCUCUAGCAAGAUCACGGACCCUUCCAUGAAGGCCGCCGUCUCCAAGCUGCUGACCCCCAAUCCCCGGCUGGCGGACGAGAUCUACACCAAAUGCAAGGGCCUGAGCAACUGGUUUGGGUUGAUCCCCGCGCUCUGGCCGAACGCGAAAUACGUCUAUGGCGUAAUGACCGGGUCGAUGGAGCCAUAUCUGAAGAAGCUGAGACAUUAUGCCGGGGAUCUCCCGCUCUUGAGUGCCGAUUAUGGGUCGUCGGAGGGCAUGAUCGGGGUUAACAUCAAUCCUGAGCUUCCCCCUGAGGAGGUGAGGUUCGCGGUGAUCCCCGACAUCGGGUACUUCGAGUUCAUCCCCAUUGCGACGAAGAGCGGGGAGAAGCCGGCCGUAGAAGCUGAGCCGAUCGGUCUCGAGGAGAUCGAGCUCGGGAAGGAGUACGAAGUCAUAAUCACGAACUUCGCCGGUGAGUGUUGCAGGCGUCGACUGUUAUCGGUAGAUAAAUGAGGAUUUGUCGUAGGAGAAAGUGUUCCAAUCUUCCUUCCUGUUGUUUCGCGUGGUGGUGCAGGUCUGUACAGGUACAGGCUGGGAGAUGUGGUGAGGGUGGGGGGCUUCCACAACAGCACGCCGGAGCUCCAGUUCGUGUGCCGCCGCGGCCUGGUGCUCAACGUCAACGUAGACAAGAACACGGAGAGGGACCUGCAGCUGGCGGUGCAGGAGGCCUCCAAGCUGGCGGCGGCUGAGAAGCUGGAGGUCGUCGAUUUCUCCAGCUGCGUUGACCGCUCGGCGGAACCCGGUCACUAUGUCAUCUUCUGGGAGCUCUGCGGCGAGGCCAGGGAAAGCGUCCUCCGCAGCUGUGCGGACUGUUUGGACCGCUCCUUCUUAGACGCCGGUUACAAGUGCUCGAGGAAGGCGAAGGGCAUCGCCCCACUGGAGCUCCGCAUAGUCCGGCCAGGCACCUUCCGUAAGGUCCUCAAGCACUACACCAACCAGGGCGCUGCCAUGAGCCAGUUCAAGAACCCGCGCUUCGUCGGCGCCACCAACGCGGCGGUCCUCCGCAUCCUCUGCGACGGCGUCGUCCAGAGCUUCUCCAGCACGGCCUACGACUGA